AUGGCUUCCUUCUCAGCAAAGAACAAUGCCAAGUACUCUGUUAGAUCCAUUAGCCUGCCUUCCAGAUUCCACCCCGCCACCGCCAAGGUGGAUGGUGAACUCAACAAGCUCAAGUCGUGGGAAGCUAGCUCGACUUCGUCUUCCGGGUCAAUCCAGGCCGGGAUCUUGGGCUUGGAGGAGUUGUACAUUUCCAUGGAUGAGCUUCUCAACAUGGCCUCAACCAGGCAAGUCCUCUCGUGCAAUCAGGACAAGAGGUUCACCGAUGAACUCUUGGAUGGAUCUGUACGGCUCAUCGAUAUUUGUGGCUCUGCCAGGGAGAUUUUGUCAAGUAUUAAGGAAAAUGUUGGAGUGCUUCGAUCUGCGAUCCGGCGGAGAAAGGGCGACUCAAACAUCCAAGCCGAGAUCAUUGGUUACAACAACUUGAGGAAGAAAACAAAGAAGGAUGUGAAAGGAUUGGUUUCUUCAUUGAAGAAAAUGGAAGCAAACUUCGGAGCCUCAUUGCUCUCGGUUCAGAAUCCCGCUGAUCAGCAUUGGCUGGCCGUUGUAAAGGUCCUAAGGGAAGUUAAUUUUUCAAGUAUUUUGAUAUUUCAAUCUCUCAUGUCGUUCCUAGCCCCACCAACGUCAAAGCCGAAACAGAUUCGGUGGCCACUGAUCACAAAACUGAUGCACAAGGGCACGAUAGCCUGCGAUGGAAACCAAGAUGACGAGAACGAGAUUGAAUGUGUUGAUGUCACCUUGAGUGAUCUCAGUAAAUGUCUCUCCCGUGGAGGAGUUGGCGCUGAGAGAUUGCAGAUCACAAACGAGCAGCUGGUGAACCUAGAGGUCUGCAUUGGAAGCCUUGAGGAUGACGUGGAACGCUUGUUUAGGCACUUGAUUAAGACGAGGGCUUCUCUUUUGAACAUCCUCUCUUAG